AUGACGCUUCUCAAGUUCGCUUUGACCGUCUUGGCCGUUACAUCGGGCGUAUUCGCUGCACCUGGUCAAUACGCUGCCUGCGAUAUUUCUUCGGCGACCUUACCCCUCCCUUCGAACCAGAGCCAGUUGACCCCAGCUACCGGGGCUCCGUCUUUCAUUGCCCUUGGCGUCGGCGUACAAAACUACACCUGCUCAUCUGCGGGUACUUACACUAAUAUCGGAGCUGUGGCAGAGGUAUUCGACAUCUCAUGCCUGUAUAACAUGCCCGCCUUCGCUUCUAUCCAAAAUACGGCCUACACUGCUUGGGAGCAUGCCCCCGCGUCUCUGACCGCUCAGGAGGUCAUCGCCAUGCUAAGCAACAUGCCCGUCAAAGUCGUCCUCGGCCAGCACUAUUUCGUGCCCAACCCGAUCACCGGCUCGGGCACGUCCCCCAAGUGGGACUUCACCUCAGCCGCGUACGCCGGCAAUCCUAACGCCUUCGCCAUCGGCGCGAGGACCGGCAACCUCGCGUCGCCCGAUGGGGCGGCGAAUGUCGACUGGCUCCAGCUGAAAGUCGUCCAGGGCAAUCUGGCGACGAGCGUUUACCGCGUGAAUACUGUCGGUGGUCAGUUGCCCGGAUCGUGCUCCCCCAGUGACACUACUGUACACUCGGUGAAAUACACAUCAAAAUACUAUUUCUUCGGUGGCUCCAUCAAACAGUAG